CUGUGCCAAUCACCUUUAUCACCACAAGCCAGAGGUUCUACACAUAGUCGAGUGAGCCAUGUUAGAUGUAGUUACAAAGUUACAUGUAGUUGUUUUAGACCUGCAACUAUUCCUCGACAGUCAAACGAACCAGCUUACCAGCGCAGCGAGACUCUUCGUCUUAUCAAGGAAGAGGAAGGCAAGCCAAAAGGUAACCUCUCCGAUCAUCCCAAUCCACAAGGUCUACCAGUGUGUUUCCUCUGCAACAGACCAAUUCUGGGAGUAAUGGCUCGCGCUGCUGGUCACGAUCUACAUGGAGACUGUCUGUCAUGUGCCACAUGUGGAAGCAGCCUGCGCAAUGUCGGUCAUCAUUUCAUCGAAGACAGAUUUUAUUGUGAUGUGCAUGGUCGCCAGAAGAAAGGACAAGGAGCGCCCGUGGAUCCUGCGCUAGCAGUGAAGACAUCACCGACAGGUAAUCCUGAAAGAUCGGCAGACGUGAGCCCAACUCCUCAGCACACCGGCACCCACAUCCACUACGGAACACCCAAAACACAUGGUACACUUAGGUAA